AUGCUGGCUUCCAAGCCUCAAUACUCCGCUCCCCUGGGCGCAUCCAACUCCCAGAACUCCGCGUCAGCCUACCAUACGAAUUCACAACGCCCUGCGACGGCCACAAAGGUACAAGAUGGAGUCGGAUAUAGCAGCCCGACCAAGUCGGAAUUCUCCGAGGGACAGGACGAACUCUCGGCUGUUCGGGCCUGGGAUGAGAAGAAGGUGGUCGCGUGGCUGCAUAGUAUCAAGUGCGGCCAAUAUGAAUCAAUCUUCAGAGCCAACAACUUUAAUGGAGACAACCUAAUCGAAUGCGACCAGAAGAUCUUGCAGGAGAUGGGUAUCAAGAAAGUGGGCGACCGAGUACGCAUCUUCGUGGCCAUCAAGCAGCUGCGAAACAAGGCUAUGAUCAACCCAAGGCAAAAGAAUAUGAAUACCCUCGCUGCGCUAGAAGCAGCCGCCUUGUCCUCUGAUCACUCGCGACUCUCCUCCAUGCGUCUUCCAAACAGACGUAUGUCCCAGCUGAUGGAGGACGGCAUUGGCUAUUCGGGCAAGUCCCCCACGUCUCCCCCAUUCGGCGACUGGCGCAAGGAUGGUUAUUUCAACCAUCCCUCCUCUGGUGGCUCGGGAUCCGGCCGCAACCCGAGCACUCCAAGUGAUGGCGGCCGGGGAAGCUCACACCCACGCAAUCCCAGUAUAGACGGCCUGACAAUGGGCCCUCUUCCACCCAAUUCUCCCGUGAUUCGUGUCAUCUAUACUGGUGGUCAGACUAAGGUCCUCGAUAUCCGGCACUGCAAGACCCCGGACGAGGUGAUUCUCUGCGUCCUCAAGAAACUGCAGCUCCCAGAACACCAAUACCGAAACUACUGCUUCUAUGUCCUGGAUGGCCUAGACCCGGAUCUGUCAAACUGCAGGCGGUUGACGGAGACCGAGCUUAUGGAAAUCUGCGACGGCCACAACAAGUCUGAGCGUGGUCGCUUGAUCUUGCGAAAGAUCCAUGCUGGCGAGCCCGACGUCGAUGAGCUUCGCCGUGCAUCCCAGCUCGCUUUCGAUGAAAGUCAGGUCACGCAUCAGAACGCUCUCAAUAAAUCCAAUCCGCGACAGAAACACAAGAUCCAACAGCUUACAGGCGAGUCCUGGAAUGUCAUUAAUACCAAACAGCCACUGUCCCCAGUAGGCCCUCGCCAUCGUCCAUCUGCUUCAAACGAUCAAGAUCAGCCAUCGCCUGACACUGAUCGCAACCAUGUGGCUACCAAGCUUCGCUCAUUCUUCGGACAGAGACCACCAAGCGAGAUGAUUAUCCACGAGCUCCAGUCAUUCUUCCCCAGUCACGACAGGGAAGAUAUCGCGAAGACAAUGCGGAGAUCGCAACGUCUCAGCCGUGCUGCCAGUCGCCUCAGUGUUGUUAGUAACUACAGUGUCGCGUCAAGUCUCAAGGACGCUCCGCCUCUCCCCCCAUUGCCUCCCAUUCCUCCAAUGCCCAACAUUGCCGAUACCUGGUUCCAACCGCAAGGUGGAGCACAGGCUGCUCGUGCUUCACGGCCACUCUCUAUUUCCAAAUUCAACCUGCCUCAGGCCUCAUAUCGGGAUUCGAUUGCCUCGAGCUCUCUCCAGCCGUUGCAGGAAGAGUCUCCCACCGAGCCAAACCGCAAAUCCUACGUCUCCUUUGACAGUGGAUCUGACGAACCAAACUUGUCGCGCCAGAGUAUGAUUGAUGAGAGCGCCAGCGUCAUUGCUACCGAUGGCGGCUCCUCCAACGAUCGACUCAGUGUGCUCGUUGCCGAUGACGGUGAAGAAGACGACGCAAACCUGAUGAGCGACUUCCUGGCCGGUAACAACUUUGCUCCUAAGAAUUGGAUGAAGGGAUCUUUGAUUGGCGAGGGUUCCUUCGGCAGUGUCUUCCUGGCUCUCCACGCUAUUACUGGUGAGCUCAUGGCCGUGAAGCAGGUCGAGAUUCCGUCAGCUACCAAGGGUACGGAAUUCGAUCAGCGCAAGAACAACAUGGUCACCGCGCUGAAGCACGAGAUUGAGCUUCUGCAAGGGAUGCACCACCCCAACAUCGUACAGUAUCUCGGCACGUCAACUGAUGACCAGUAUCUGAACAUUUUCCUGGAGUACGUGCCCGGUGGCUCCAUCGCCACCAUGCUUAAGCAAUACAACACCUUCCAAGAACCACUCGUCAAGAACUUUGUCCGACAAAUCCUUGCAGGCCUCUCAUACCUGCACAGCCAAGACAUCAUCCAUCGCGACAUCAAGGGUGCCAACAUCCUCGUCGACAACAAAGGUGGCGUCAAAAUCUCCGAUUUCGGUAUCUCCAAACGCGUCGAAGCAUCCACCGUCCUCGGAUCCCGCGCCAGCAGCGGAGGCGGCGGUCACCUGCACCGCCCCUCUCUCCAAGGCAGCGUCUACUGGAUGGCUCCCGAAGUCGUCCGACAAACCGCCCACACCAAAAAGGCCGAUAUCUGGAGUUUGGGCUGUUUGGUCGUGGAAAUGUUCAUCGGCGCCCAUCCCUUCCCGGACUGCAGUCAGUUGCAGGCUAUCUUCGCUAUUGGAAGUAACCAGGCUCGUCCGCCUGCGCCGGAACAUGUCAGCCCCGAAGCGGUGGAGUUCCUUGAUAUGACUUUCCAGCUUGAUUAUGAGAAGCGGCCUACUGCGGAUGAGUUGUUGAAGUGCAAGUUCUUGGCUGCGCCUAUUGCGUAG